AUGGCACUCUGGAUCUCCUCAGAGGUUGAGGACUACCUCCCUUCAUCCCAGAGCGCAUACCGACGGGACCGGGCCACAACUGAUGUGGUGUUCACUCUACGGAUCCUCAGCGGCAUUGCUGAGACGAAGCAAUGGUCUCUGUACAGGCUCGGCAUAGAUCUCUCGAAGGCCUUCGACACGCCACACCGCUCAGAUCUCCUUAGCACGGUUGUCAGCGUUGCUCCUACCACGCCGGAUGUGCUACCCUUAGUCCACACUCUGCUGUCAGAUACCACCCUUCAGGUACGUGUGCAGGGAAAAACAGCACCUCCUUUUAGGUCGAACGUUGGCACACCACAGGGUGACAGUCUUAGUCCCAUUCUAUGUACAUGCUACUUUGAGAGUGCACUGCGAGGUAUCAGAUCUGACUCCCCUCCUGACGACAUCCUACCACCUGAACUGCAGUAUGCGGAUGAUCUAGACUUCAUUGGAACUGAUGAGCAAGAGCUAGAGGACGUUCACGAUCAAUGUGCCGAGACCCUCCCAAGCCAUAACCUCACCGUUAAGUCCUCCAAAACUGAGCGAACAAAGAUGUACCUGGCUGAUGAUCUGGAGGAGCGUGGUUCCGAAGCAAGGAGAAAUGCGAAGUCGCUGGGAUCACGGCUAGGCUCAGCGCAAGAUGUCCAAGCCAGAAAGGCCCUAGCAACCCAGGCAUUCUGUUCGUUGUACGCACUCUUCAAGCAUCAAUCUACCUCACUACUGCUUAGAGCUGCGCCGUACAAAACCUGUGUGAAGCCAGUGCUGUUGUACAACUGUCCGACAUUUGGUCUCACAGAUGCCACCACCAGAAGGAUUGACACCUUUCAUCGAAGGAAUCUGAGAACAAUGGCUGGCGCUAAGUUCCCAAACACAAUUACCGACAAGCAUCUGUACGACAUCUGCGGCUCAGCACCGAUUUCGCUCGAGAUUGACCAACGGCGUUGGGAGUUCCUUGGUACCGUGCUGAGAAUGCAGAAGAGCUCUCCCCCACAGCGUGUGUUAGAGUUUUCAGCCACCGCGAGCCUGCGCGGUCGACUGGGCCGACCCAGGACAACUCUCCUCUUCUCAGGACUGCCUAGCCCGACUCGGCGUUCGCCUGGGCACGCUUAG